CAUCAUAAACCCUCCAAGCUCACCAGUCCAGAUCAAUGCAGAGACUUUCGGAGUGUUUUUGACCCUGGGCGCGUUUGAUUUUUGCGCAAUAUUGCACAAACAAAUUGCAAAUUUGGACGAUUGCAAAAGUUAAUCACUGACGAGAGGAAUGAAUGAGUGAACGAGUUUGUGCUGUGAGUUUUUCUUGGGCUGUGUGGGCGCGCUCGAGCCGCUCACUCGCGCGCCGGUAAAGUGGCACAGCCUUACGCGCGAGCCGCCUGCGAGACACAGGGACACGGACUGAAACCUCGCGCUGCUCUCGUAAUUUUUGCUUUAUUUCUGCGUGGAUAUAAACUGGUGUGAUGGCGGCGUUAACCGGAGGAGAGAUGUGCGUCAAGUACUUGAUGUUCGUCUUCAAUUUCAUCUUUUGGAUUGCAGGUACAGGUGUCUUGGCUGUUGGACUUUGGCUGAGGUUUGACCCCAAGACUAAAAGCUUGUUUGAAGGAGAAAACUCGCCAUAUGUCUUCUAUACAGGCGUGUACAUCCUCAUUGCGGCUGGUGCUCUGAUGAUGGUUGUGGGGUUUUUCGGCUGCUGUGGUGCCAUCCAGGAGUCUCCUUGCAUGCUAGGACUGUUCUUCUUCUUCCUGUUGGUCAUAUUUGCUGUUGAAGUAGCUGCUGGAAUUUGGGGCUUUUCCAACCAGACCAAGGUUAUUGAAGAUAUAACUACUUUCUACAGGGAAACAUUCGAAAGCUACAAAAACAACAAACAAGAUGCUCUGAAAGAGACACUCCGUCUCAUCCAGCAUGGACUUAACUGUUGUGGCCCAUCAGGAAACAUCCAGGACGUUCCUGAAGAGACCUGCCCCAAAAAGGAGGGGCUUGAUGUGCUCAUUACAAAGAGCUGCCCUGAUGCCAUUGAUGAAGUCUUCAACUCCAAACUACAUAUUAUUGGAGGUGUUGGAAUUGGUAUUGGAAUGAUCAUGAUCUUCGGCAUGAUCUUCAGCAUGAUGCUUUGCUGUGCCAUCCGAAAAACCCGGGAGAUUGUGUGAGGGUCUCAUUGCCUGGGAACCUGCCAGUGUAUUUGUAUUGCAUGAUGUCUGUCCCAAAGCACUGUCUCCAACAUGACCUCAUCCGACAAGAGCCAGUUAGAUCACAACACAGGCACACAAUCUGUACACUUCUCUGAUUGACUUACUGGAAUUCACUCCUUUUUCUUAGUGCAGCUGUUCAAAUCAUGAGUGAUGAGAAGAGGGGAUUGGUGUAGCAUUCCAAACCCAUUAAAAAGGCCUUCAAUUCUUUCUUUUAUAUUUUUUUAUCGUUCAUAAUAGAUUUUAAAGGUUAUUGUACUUGCAGUAUUGCUUGAUAUAAAUUGUUCUGAAACUUUUCUAAUGUUUUGUUUCUGACUGUGAAUAGUGUUUCAAUUUGAUUCACCCAUAUCGGAGCAUAUGGCUCAAAUAAAAGCCAAAUUAUUCACGAGUUA